AUGAGCGGCUACAAGCGCAAAGGAGGAUACAGCACUCGCAGCGGUGGAAACAAUGCUAACCACGCGAACAAUAAUCAUCCGGAGAGAUACAAGCCCGAUGAGGACGAAGGAGAACAAUUCAGCGUCGACGGUGUACCGAUCGCCGCCAAGAAACAGCUCGAGGAUAAGAGCUGUGAGGACGAAUAUGGAGCGAAAGACUACAGGGAUCAGAUGAUCCUCAAACCGGACCAUGCGUCACGACCUCUGUGGGUGUCAGCUGAUGGGCACAUCUUCCUCGAAGCGUUCUCCCCUGUGUACAAGCACGCUCACGACUUCCUUAUCGCCAUCGCUGAGCCGGUCUGUCGACCAGAAUUCAUCCACGAAUACAAACUGACUUCCUACUCACUGUACGCGGCUGUAUCGGUCGGCUUGCAAACAGAUGACAUCAUCGAGUACCUCAGAAGAUUAAGUAAAACCAGUAUACCUGAAGGCAUUCUCGAUUUCAUCCGGAUCUGUACCGUUUCGUACGGAAAAGUGAAACUCGUUUUGAAACAGAAUCGCUACUUCGUCGAAAGUAAUCACCCUGAAGUUCUUCAGAAAUUACUCAAGGAUCCCGUCAUCCAAAAUUGCAGAUUGAAACGGAGCGAGGGAGAAGUCGAGCUCCUCACAGUCACAACGACGAAAAACACUACGAUCGUUCCGGGUACCAAAGCCGCGGAGCCCGGGGACAAGACCGAGGUCCCGAACGAUAUAUUUGAUUUCUACGAACGCUUGGAAAACGAUGAAGAGGAAGAACCCGAUCGCGAGACGAAAGUGGUUUCUUUCGAAGUCAUGCAGGACAAGAUCGAAGACAUUCAGAAGCGUUGCAUUGAACUCGAGUACCCAUUGUUGGCAGAGUACGAUUUCAAAAAUGACACACAUAACCCCGAUAUCAACGUGGAUCUCAAGCCGUCGGCUCUGCUCCGACCGUACCAAGAAAAGUCCCUGCGUAAAAUGUUCGGGAACGGAAGAGCUCGCUCCGGAGUCAUCGUUCUGCCUUGCGGGGCUGGAAAAUCAUUGACAGGCGUCACGGCGUGUUGCACCGUGCGGAAGCGAUGUCUGGUACUCUGCAAUUCCGGAGUGUCUGUCGAGCAGUGGAAAGCGCAAUUCAAAAUGUGGUCAACGGCGGAUGAUUCGAUGAUCUGUCGUUUCACCUCGGAAGCCAAAGAUAAGCCAGUGGGUUGUGGUAUCUGCAUCACUACGUACGCCAUGAUCACACACACCCAGAAGAGGAGUUGGGAAGGCGAACAGGUGAUGCAAUGGCUCAAAGAGCAGGAAUGGGGCAUCAUGCUCCUUGACGAAGUGCACACAAUCCCAGCUAAAAUGUUCCGGCGAGUUCUGACCCUGGUUCAGGCUCACUGCAAACUCGGGCUAACAGCGACACUCGUGAGAGAGGACGACAAGAUCGCCGAUCUCAAUUUCCUCAUUGGUCCGAAAAUUUACGAGGCCAACUGGCUUGAGCUGCAGAAGGCCGGCUUCAUCGCCAAAGUGGCCUGCUCCGAGGUGUGGUGUCCGAUGACCCCUGAAUUCUACAGAGAAUACCUCACGGCGAAAGCUGCGAAGAAACUUCUCCUCUUCGUCAUGAAUCCGAACAAGUUCCAAAUCUGUCAGUACCUCAUCCAGUAUCACGAGCGACGCAAGGAUAAGAUAAUCGUAUUCUCCGACAACGUAUUCGCUCUGAAACACUUCGCCGAAAAACUUCGGAAGCCCUUCAUUUUCGGCCCCACGUCCCAAGCUGAGAGGAUGCAGAUCCUCCAGAACUUCAAAUACAACCCGAUGGUGAACACGAUCUUCGUGUCCAAGGUUGCGGACACGAGUUUCGAUCUCCCCGAAGCCAACGUUCUGAUCCAGAUUUCAGCCCAUGGAGGUUCACGUCGUCAAGAGGCUCAGAGAUUGGGGCGGAUUCUCCGGGCGAAGAAAGGAGCUUGCAAUGCAUUCUUCUACUCCUUGGUCUCUCAAGACACGAUGGAGAUGCAUUUCUCACGGAAACGGCAGCGGUUCUUGGUCAACCAGGGUUACAGCUACAAAGUUAUCACGAAACUUGAAGGUCUCCAGACAGAGGAAGGAAUUCUUUACAGAAGCAAAACCGAGCAGUUGAGACUUCUAUCUCAGGUCAUGCAAGCCGGCGAGGAUGAAGUCGAAAUCAUCCCUGGAGACAGCGGUGCCGAAGCGCGCACUCAGAGACGGCUGGGAGGCAUUGGUGGCCUCUCCGGAGCGGACAUGGGCGAUGUCUACGCCGAAGUUAGAAAAGCGAAGGAUCAAGCGACCAGACAUCCUCUCUUCAAGCGCUUCAAAGGUUUCGGUCGCUGA